AGAAACUGCAAUCUAAUCCCAGGAUCUUGUCUUGUCUUGUCUUGUCUUGUCUGUCUGUGUUUUUAAUAAUAAAAAUGUCAGAACUUGAAGAUUCCUUAAAGCUUCCAGUACUUGAUCUUAACGCCACUUCUUUGUAUUCUUCUUCGUCAUCUUCCCUGUUAAAAGCCUGUGAGGAAUGGGGUUUCUUUUACGUCACCAACCAUGGAAUUCCACAGAAUUUGUUUACCAAGAUUCGGGAAUUCUCGGACGAUGUGUUCUGCCUUUGUUCCGACACCAAGCUCAAGCUCGGUCCGUCGUCGUGUCUGAAAACAUACACUCCCCGGUUCAUCGCUUCUUCUUACUUCGAGAGCUUGAGAGUGAGUGGACCGGAUUUCUUUGCCUCUUCCCAGGCUUCCAUUGACGAGCUCUUUGGCCAAGGGAGACCUGAAUUCAGUGAGAUAUUACAAGAGUAUGGGAGCAAUAUGACGAAGUUGUCAAAGAGGAUCAUUGAGAUCAUAUUGAAGAGUCUAGGAGAUGGUUACGAAAAGAAGUUCUCCGAUUCCGAAUUCGGAAACUGCCACGGAUACAUGAGGAUAUCGAAUUACAAACCGCCGGAUGACGUCGAAGAAAAGGAAGUGGAAGGGCUCGGAAUGCAUACCGACAUGAGCUGCAUAACGAUCGUGUUCCAGGACGAGCUCGGCGGCCUGCAAAUGCGAUCGAAAGACGGCAAGUGGUUGAACAUACAUCCGUGUGAGGAUUCGUUGGUAGUGAACAUAGGUGACCUAAUGCAGGCUUGGAGCAACGGCCGGUUGAGAUCGUCCGAACACCGGGUGGUUCUGAGGCGGUUUCGGAACCGGUUUUCACUGGCAUUCUUCUGGUGCUUUGAAGACCAAAAGGUAAUUGUAGCACCAGAUGAAAUUGUGGGCACUGGAAAUCCCAGAAUUUACAGUCCAUUUGUUUGCUUGAAGUACAUGAAGUUUAGAGAAAGUAACGAGGUUGGUAAUUUUGAGAAAAUUGGGUACACAGUAAAAGAUUUUGCUGGGUUAAAAGUUGGAGAUGCAGUGAUUUAAGUCAUUGGCAUUGACAAAUUUGCCAGUAAGAGUUGUGGGGUUAAAUUUCAUUUACUGUUAUGCAACUAUAAUAUCAUGUGUAAUUCACUAGCAGUAGAUAUUUCUAAUGCGUUGUAUA